AUGCGGCGGCUUCCACCCUCGGGCCCCACUACGGCCCCAGGGCGUGAAGGCGACGCUCGAGGCCUGAGGAAGAGAAGCCGGCGGCCAGGGCCAGGCGAGGCAGGAGGCUGCGGCGCUGAGGCGGCGGGGCGCGAGGAGAGCAGACAAAAGAGGAGGAUGGUGGCCCGGGUGUCUGGGAGAGAAGAGGUGGAAAGUGACAAGUCAGCCAAGGAAAAAAGAAAAGUUACUGAAGCCUCAAGUGAUGAUCCACAGCCAGGGAUUGACCUGGUAAGAAAGGAAUCAUUAACCAGUUCGGAAUCUUUCCCAACAGUGGAAUGCAGUGAAUUUCAAAGUAUGGCUUUCUUGCAGUCUUUGGGUAAGGAAAGGUUGAUAGAAGGUAUUAAAAGAAGAAUUCGAAUUAAAAAAUUUAAAAGCUUAGAAAGCCCACCUCUCAAAAUGACUGAAAAUAAGGCUACACAGAAUAGUAAGGUUGAAUUCCAAGAUGAACUGUACAAGAAUACUCAGAAAUAUUCUUGUAACAGCUUGUCACCUGGAGUAGAAAAUAAUUCCAUUUUAAAAUUACAUGAUUGCAGUUGUCUCUCCCAUUCCAAGGAUUGUAAUGAUGAAAAUAAUCUUGCAUAUAAACCUGAUGGAGGAUGUUUGCAUGUACGAGAAAAUUCCUCAAAGAAAGAAAACCCUAGGAGUCUUAAUAAGACUAAUCCAAGCAAUAUUCCUCAGCUUUUACAAACUGAAGAAAACUUAAUGCAAGUAAGUCAGUUAUUGCUUGAAGAAGAUGAUUCAAACCUAAGUAAAAAUAAUGGCAUGUUUUCCUGCCUUCAAAGUGAAAACAAUAAACAUUCAGUAGAGGAGAGCAGUAUUGGGAGAAAAUCCAGAAAAAAGAUGAAGGUGUCUGAAAAAGGAAAUGGAAUGGUUACUGAGAUGACGUUUUCUAAUAUGUGUAACAAAUCUGAGCUGAUGUUACAAGGAAACCAAACAGGUGCUGAAGGUAAAGAAACAGAGACUUUAGAAGCUAAAAAAAGUUCUUUGAAAGUUUUGAGAAAAGUAAAUAAUAAUACGCUGUCACCGAUGGAUCCCUUAUUAAGUCUUCCAGAAACAGGGAAAAAAACAAGUCCUGAACAUUAUGUAAAUGCUGUGUUUCAGAAAGCCCUUGAGCAACUUUCAGAAGAAGAAACAAAGAAUGUUUCACAGCCUUUAGGAUGUACCAGCAUGGAUCCACCAGGAGAUUAUUUUAAGUCAAUGAAAAGCUCAUUAGUGAAGUCACUUAGUGAUUGCUUUCCUGUUGAAAAGAGGUCUUCUAGGGAAGGCUUGAAGAAUGAAGCUGAAGAAUCUAAAUAUAGCUGUCACAGAACAAUACCAAUGACUGGCAAGAGAACUUGGCCUUGUUAUUCAUGUGCUAGAAUAUCUGCCCAGUGUUGGAAAAAAGCUUCCUUGCCACAAAGUUCUAGGCAAGAUGAUUUUCUUAAACAUCAAACGAAUCAAACUUACUUAACGGACUCCAAAUUAAUGCUACAAAGUUCUGUAACAGAAACAAACAGUGCAUCUUCAAGUAUAGAAAAAUUGGAUUCUAAUUUAAAUUGUUUACCUUCAGUCUCUACAGUGGAACCUACUUCAGUAGUUAUAAAGGAACCUAUAGUCAAUGAUGACGAAAAAAUGAAGUCAGAGAAACUAAGUAGAAGUGCAUCAGAGGUAGUUUCUAAUACUACUGAAGAUACUCCAUUGACUAAUGUGACUCACAACUUAACAGGAAGUAAAAAAAAACGUAGAGGGAAUUUAACAAAACUGAAUUUGAUGGUGGCUUCCCAGGAUGGCCAGGAAGCAAGUAACUCUACAGGCAAAACUAUUCAUCAAAAAGCAUGCAUUACUAAGCAAGCACUGGUUGUUCCAGACCUAGUUAAGAUACUGAACACAGGACGGCUGACUAAUUUUAAAAUUCCUUUACUUAAGAACAAAACAGAAAAAAGAAAAGAAAUUAAUGCCAAGUCAUCAGAGAGAGAAGUAUGUAGUCCCCUAGAACUUCUUGACAAUUUAUCUGGAGCAGAGGUAAGGCAGAGUAGGACUAAAGAAAAUGCUGUCACAGUAACUUCAGGACCUCAAUCUCUGAGUAUACAACAUAGUGUAAUUCCACUACAAGCUAGUUCUGACUCAUUCUGCAGUAAGAAUUCCUGUAUUAUUGCUCCGAGCUUUUUAAAGCAAGGUAAUAAUAAUAAACCAUCUAACCACAUCUCUGCAUCAGGCCAUAUCAUUUCUAAUAAGGCAGCUGGUUCUCUCACAGUUGAAAAUAAUACAUUUUCUUGUGAUCCUGGAUGUAUAGAGAAAAAUCCCACCUUCUAUUCCAAUGAGCAAGAACCAUUCAAAGCAGGUUCCUCUGAAGUUAGUGGUAGAAAAAUGACUAAGAACUUUUCAGAAGUCAAAGUGGGGUUUCCAGAUAUUCUGAAAGCAUAUGAAGAUGAUGUCCUCUUAAUUGAUGUAAUUCAAGAUGACCCAGACCUGUUUGGAGUCUCCAAUGAAGGGGAACUCUCAUUUCCUUCAGAGGUUACCAUGAUAAGCCAGGAGCCCAAUGUUGCUGAAGAGCAUCAAUCGACAGACUCCAAGCACAUGGAACUUCCAGAAAAAAAAGAACCAAGCGAUGACUUGAGAGAACUGCCUGUACUGGAUCCUGGAUCAAUGAAGUCAGAGAUCUGUGCUUCCUUGUCAGCAGCAAGUGAGAUAAAACAUGAUUCCAAAGAUGCAAACAUUUCCUUAGGAGAAGUUACUCAUGAAACUUCUUCAAAUGAAAAACCGGGAGACCUAAGUGAACAGACAAAAAGUUCAGACUUGGACGAAAAGUGUAGAUUUUCAGACAAAGUAGCUACUCAAGAAGAACAGGAAACUAUUUCUGAAGUUUGCAGAAGCGAUUCUAAGAAUACAGAGAUUGUGGUUGGUGAAUGUCACUUAGCAGCACUGGUCUCCAAACCUCUGUGCUUACCAGUGCCAUUGCCGCCUUUGAAUCUAAGUGCUCAUCAGGAAGACACAUUACUGAAUCCCUGGAUGAAUGAUUUCAGAUUUCCAGGGAAACAUUCUCUCGUAAAGCUACAGAAUCCUGAAAUUUGUGAAAUAUUUAAGAGGGAAAAAAAUGUAGGGGUGUUCCAGAAGCCACUAGGGUUGAUGAUACCCCACAGAUACUGCAAAUUUCAUUUUAAUACGUUACAUGGCUGUGAGCGAUCACAAUGCAAGUUUGCCCAUGUGCCUGAGCAAGGGGAUGAAAAGGUUUGUAUGGAUGUGUUUAAGAAAUAUAUAAGUAUCAAUGAGCUGUGUUUGCUACAACGUGCAGCAAACAUGUUUAUGGAGUACUACAGAAAGUUUCUUCCAGGUAUACACUUUGAUUUACAAGUAUUAAAUGACCUUCUAAAUUCUUUACUGAAACACUGUUUAUUGAAAGAAGUAUUACAGGUCAUGAACCUCUGCAUAAUGAUUAAGAUGCUGCCUGCUCUGAGAAUAUUACUAAAAAUAUUUGAGUAUGUGGCAACUAUGAAAUUAAGGAAUGCUGUACCUGCUUUAAUUGGUAUCUUUUGCAAGCUCAUUGAAGCUGGGAUGGUACUUGACCCAGAACACUUGAACUAUAUCAUUAAGCUUUUAUACCAAAUACAGGCUUCCAAGCCAGAAAUAACUGCAGUUCUGGAAAUGAAAUCCAGGUUACACAUGAGGCAAUUUAAAAAGAACUGGAAAUGUGACUUAGAGGCAGCCUUGAAUGAAAUAGAGCAUUGUAAAGAAAAAGGUGACUGGACCAAAUUGGGAAAUGUAUACAUUAACAUAAAAAUGAGCUGCGAAAAACUUGCAGAUUUCCAGAGAUUUUGUUCUUGUAUUGCUGAAACACUAACAAAAGACUAUAAAGAAGAGCGACCAGGUGUUCCAUUUUGUGAAUUUGCUGAAACAGUUAGCAAAGAUCCACACAAUAGUGAAGUAGAUAAAACUUUGCUGGGAAGAAUCGGAAUCAGUGCUAUGUACUUCUAUCACAAGCUGUUGCAGUGGUCCAAGGGAAGGAAGGUCUUAGAUAAACUGUAUGAAUUAAAAAUACAUUUUACAAGUUUAAAAGGACUUAUAGGGCCUGAGAAGUUAGCACCAAGAUGUCAAAUUGUGAAUAUUGCAGCAGAAAUUUUUCUAAAAAGUGGAAGCCUAGAUGGUGCCAUUUGGGUGUUAAGGGAGUCCGAGUGGAUCAUCAGUACACCAGUAUGGCCUUGUGAUCGACUGGAUGUGCUCAAUCGGCAUAAUCUGCUCUGUACGAUUGCACAUGAAAUCUUAGCAAAGAGUCUUUACAGACAGACAUUUGAAGUUUUGCAAAAUCUACCAGGUUUUCAAAAUUCUCAAGAAACUGUGGAGGUCUCACAGUAUAGCCUACUUUUUAAUAAACUUCUAGAUGCCUGUAUAGAAAGCAACAGCCUUGGUAUGUCAUCCUCUGUAGCAGAAUUCAUGAUUUCAAAGAGAAUCCCUAUUGAUUUUUCCUUUCUUAGAAGAUUAAUUACUUCUUUAGGAAGGAGUUGUUUAUGGCUCAAAGCCAGAACCCACUACAAAAGUGCUCUUUCACUGGGUUGCUACCCACCAUUGGAGGGAAAUUUGUACCGAAAACUUCUACUGAUUCCAUCCUAUUUGUCUGAAAUUGAAAUGCUUUUAGCUAUUGAAAUCUUCCUGGUAUCUAAUGCUAGUAGUAUUCAGAGUCCUGGAACUUCUACACAAAUACUGCAGAUAGUUUUAAAAAGAUGUGAAGAAAACAAAUCUCGGAGCAAGGAUGAUUAUCAAGCUGCAGUGGAAAGAUUAAUUAUGGCUGCUCGUAUAUCAGAUCCAAAGCUUUUCAUUAAGCACAUGACCGUCAAUGUUAAUAAGGAACAGGUUUAUAGUUUGGAACAUUGUUCUGCCCUGAAAUGGCUGAAAGAGAAUAUGAAGUGGGCCGGAAAGGUUUGGCUUUUCAAUAACCGGCCCCCUCCAGGCCAGGAGGUAAGAAAACGGAGGAACGGGGGGCUUCUACGCUGCGGGCAGGCAAGCGAUCACCCGGUCGCCGACGUCACCACGGGGCUGAGAACCGCUAGGGUUUUAACCCGCGUCCCGGGCUGCGCGCAGGCGCCCCAGAGAGGAAGGCCUGGCGCGCUUCAGCCAAUGAGAGCGCGACCAGCGGCCUGUCCCCAAGCCCCGGCUCCUCUCGAGCGAGCCUCGGCGCCGGGGCUGACGGACUGGCAGAGCAGUACGCGCCCAGAUGAGAUUUCAGGGCUGGGGGUUCACAGAGCCCCGGGGGUAGGAGCCUGUCAGCGCCAGUCGUCAGGUGCGGCGAGAGCAGGCGGGAGCGGCGCGAGCUCGUUGGCCGGGCUGGCGCCCCGGUGCGCAUGCGCCCCCGCGUGGCCCAGCGCGUCCCACACAGUCCCGCGGGAGGAGCGCCCGUCCUUGCACCUGGUACCUCGUGGGAAGUGGAGCAGGUCAGAUCAAGCCCUCGCGGAGGAGACUUGCCGGAACUUGAUUAAUGGAUGCCUGGAACUUGACCUACAUAUAUAUUCAGAAAUGUUUUGCCACCUGAGACCUGUGAGGAGGUUAUGUCCAGGAAAGAUAUUUCCAUACUGCUUUCUGUUAUCAAGAGCUUUGUCAGGAGCUGAAGCCGUCAAUGCCUUGAGGCCGUUUUACUUUGCUGUACAUCCAGAUUUCUUUGGACAGCACCCCAGGGAAAGGGAAGUCAAUGAAAAUUCCCUUAAGAGAUUAAGUGCCUACUUAGAAAACCUUCAGAAACCAGGCUUCAAGUCUUUGAAACCAACCCAGCUUGUGUUUUAUGUAAGAGAAACAGAUCAGCAUCCCUCUGAUGGCCAGGAACACUUCAGCACUUCUGGAUUUCGAGCAGUCAAAUUUACUUUGCACACCAGAGAUCUGCUAAGCACAGUAUUAUAUAUUCUCAACUCCUGCAGUUUAUCUAUUGAACAUGUCCAAAGCUUGAAUACUAAUGUGCAUUCCCAGCCUCUCAAAGAGGCCAAAAGGACAUCUGACAGGCCCAUCAAAUGGGACAAGUCUUACUACUCCUUUACUGGAUUCAAAGACCCUGAUGAAGACCUCGAGCAAGUCUGGAGAACGGAAACAACCCUAACUUCCUGGUUAGAUAACAAUGGGAAAAGUGCUAUUAAAAAGCUGAAGAAUAGUUUGCCACUUAGAAAAGAACUAGAUCGUUUAAAAGAUGAACUGUCUCAUCAGUUGCAGCUGUCAGAUAUCAGGUGGCAGAGGAGCUGGGGUGUCGCCCACCGCUGCAGCCAGCUACACAGUUUAGGCCGCUUAGCCCAGCAGAACUUGGAAACCCUUAAAAAUGCAAAAGGAUGUACAAUAAUAUUUACAGACCGGUCCGGGAUGAGUGCAGUGGGCCAUGUGAUGCUAGGAACAAUGGAUGUCCAUCACCACUGGACAAAACUUUUUGAAAGAUUACCAAGUUAUUUUGACCUGCAGAGGAGGCUGACACAUUUGGAGGACCAAAUAAGCUAUCUUCUUGGUGGCAUCCAAGUUGUUUAUAUUGAAGAAUUACAGCCAGUGUUGACACUUGAAGAAUAUUACUCUCUUCUUGACGUGUUCUAUAAUAGACUCUUGAAAAGUCGAAUACCUUUUCACCCUCGAAGUCUGCGUGGGUUACAAAUGAUCCUUAACAGUGACAGAUAUGCCCCAAGCUUGCAUGAACUCGGGCAUUUUAACAUCCCAAUCCUUUGUGAUCCAGCAAACCUCCAGUGGUUUAUUCUCACCAAAGCCCAACAGGCAAGAGAGAACACGAAGAGAAAAGAAGAGUUGAAGGUCAUUGAAAACAAUUUGAUGCAGGCUUCCACGAAGAAAUUCUCUCUGGGAAAGUUUUACAAGGAGCCCAGCGUUUCCAGUAUACAGAUGGUGGGCUGCUGUAAGAGACUUCUGGAGCAAUCGCUGCCUUACCUACAAGGGAUGCACCUCUGUGUCUCACAUUUCUACUCUGUCAUGCAGGAUGGAGACCUUUGUAUUCCUUGGAACUGGAAGAAUGGGGAAGCCAUUAAGUAA